AUGAUAUUUAAAAUAAUUAAAGAAAUUAUAAAAGAUAAAUUAUGACUUAAUUUCUACAAACUCAAAUUUGUAAUUCUAAAUCAUAUUUUUGGAAGAAUUUGAGAUUGAUGUGGGGCAUUAAUUACAAGCCCAAAAUGUAUCGGCGAUUUGGAGACCAAACACAGGUUGUACUAAAAAAAAAAUAAGCGGCAAGAAUUGCAGAAUAUUUCAAAGAUUCAAUCUUUUAAGAAGAGGAUUUAUAAAGUUUCUUCACCAAGUAAAGAUUUUUCUUGAUAUAGGGAGCCAUGAUUUCAAGCAGCAACUUAUUUCAUAAAACCCACUAUGAGAUCCUAGGUGUGAAGGAAGAUUCAAAUUUGGAAGAAGUCCGUAAAGCCUAUCGUUCAGCCAUACUUUGUUUUCAUCCAGACAAGCAGCAAAAUGCAUCAGAAACAUCCAAUUCUGAAUGUCUGACAGAAAACAAAUUUUUGGAGAUACAGAGAGCAUGGGAAACCGUUGGCAACCCGAGGUCACGUGCACUUUAUGACGCUGAAUUGCUAACUUUGAGACAGGAUGCAACAAUAUCUGAAGAUGUCAGUUUAGAUGACCUUACAGUUCAAGAUUCUGGUGAUAUUAUAGAGUUUUCUUAUCCUUGUAGAUGUGGUGACUACUACCUGAUCGAUUCUUUUGAGUUAGCAGACACGGGUUGUUCAAUAUCUCGAGAUGGGGAUACAGUAUCUUUGCUAACAUCUAAAUCUUUGCCAACAUCUGUUGUGCUUCCCUGUGGAUCUUGCUCACUUAAAGUCCGAUUACUGAUCAAUGAUGAUUCUAGGCUUCCCAGAGAUGUUCACUUGUAAUUGUAACUGUGUUGGAAACACUAUUCUCUAUGAUAUUUUUGCUAAAUUAUUGGAAGUUGAAAUGACAAGAAAAUAGGAAGUAGGAAAUUUGUUGGGUCUUUUUUCCCUUGGUUACUAAUUCUAAAAUGGUUUGUAGGCCACAUGACGGGGCUAUUUUCUCAUUUGUUUGUAUCCAAAUGCACCUUAUAUUUAAGUACUCAAAUGCAAUUUAUUUGCCAGAGACCAUUUUAAAGAA